GGAGAUCUUACGAACAGCGUUUUGGAGAUUUGACACGAAUGUCUGCGUCCGAGUUUCAUCAGAUCACUGGUGUGAACAUGAAGACGCUCAACGCGGAAACUUCGUAACCAACAGGGCGGUUUCAGCAUGAAAAAGGUGAGGGAGGGGCUUUACAUCGGGUGCCUGGAUGAUGCGCUCAAGUACCUGUUUGGAUCCGAGUCCGGGAUCACGCACGUCCUGUCUCUGGCGUCUCUCAACUUCCUCACGGAUGACAAGUCGCUGAAUGCGUUCUCGGCCUUUAGAAUGCGGGCGUCUCUGCGCAGCUCCCUCAUGGAGUCUGUGAAGAACCCAAAUGCGGAUGCUGCGGCCAGUCGUCCCGAGCCAGUCACUGCCGAGCAAGCUGCUGCAAACAGAGCCAAGCUGGUCCGGAAAACUGUUCCUUUGAUCGACACAGAGGCUCAGAACCUGCUCGAUUAUCUGGAAGAGUGCCUGGAGUUUAUUGACAAGGGAAGGAGUGAAGGGUCUGUGCUCGUCCACUGCGUAGCUGGUAUUUCCCGCAGUGCUACGGUGAUCACUGCCUACCUUAUGCGGAGCGAAAGGCUGAUACUGAAAGAGGCGCUCGCUUCUUUAAAAGAAUGUAGCAAAACAGCUUGCCCAAACAAAGGAUUCAAGCGUCAGCUGCAAAUGUUUGAGGAGAUGGGCUGUGUCGUGGACAAAAACAACAGUAUUUACAAGAAAUUUCACCUGGAAAAUCUCGGAAACAUGUAUGGGAAAGGCCAAAAGAUCGAACUUUUGCAGUUCGCAGUAGAUCCAAGCUCCCACGCAGAAAACCAGAAUCCAUCAGGUGGAAAGUCAGGCACCUUCUUCCGCUGCAAAAAGUGCAGGCGCUUGCUUGCGUUGCAAGGCAAUGUUCUCGCACACGCUCCCGGCGCUCAGGAGAAACCAUACAAGUGGAAGAAAGGCGAUGAGGACGAGACCUCAACCUCGCAGGUGCGGGACUCUUGUGCCGCCCUGUUCGUGGAGCCAAUGCAGUGGAUGACUACAGUCCAACAAGGGGAGAUGGAAGGGAAACUCUCUUGUGCAAAUUGCCACAGCAAAGUCGGGAGUUUCAACUGGGUGGGAGUGCAAUGCAGCUGCGGUACUUGGAUCAACCCGGCAUUCCAGUUGCACACAAGCAAGGUUGAUGCAUCAUGGACAUAAAUGCUUGAGAACAGGUAAUUCUCUGGUUUUCUAUGCUGUUCAGCAAACUCCAUUAAAUUUCCUCUCAGAGAAAUGCUCUGAACGUGGAAGAGCACAGUGUUUUCUCAUCGCAUCUCCCUCACCAAGAACACCGAGAAGGUGACAAUGACAAAGGAGAUGAGGAACGACAUGAUCAUCUCAGUGAGGAGGCUGUCCAUGGAGAAUCCCAGCAGCGGCGACACCUGCACCCCCGGCGGCGAUUUCUUGAGCGCAAACAGGCGGAGGGCGUUGCAUUCGUGGCAGGCGGAAUCCAUGGCGAGGAUGCCGCUGGCGGCGCCGCCCAGCGCGUAGAGGGCGGCGGGCGGCGGCGUCACCUUUGGGAAGCGCAUGAGCGCCGACGAGUAGGCGAGCGCGGAGGUGGAGGAGAUGGUCGCAACCGUGGCACCCAGGACCAAUCCAUCGCACAGCCACGGCGUCGCGCGGAUGUGCCUCGCGAUUUGCCUCAGCCCGGAGGCCAUUCCAGGCGCUCCAAAUCCGAGCCCUGCGAGGCUUCCAAGUCCUGGGAGCCAAAAUCCUUGAUAGCGAUGCUGGAGAGAGCUGCUGGUGCUGGUGCUGGUGCUGGGCAUCGUUUCGGUCUUAGAAAAUUCUCUUGUUGUUGCUCUGCUUGUCGUUCAUGGAAGGUGGAGUUUGCUGAAAACAAAGUAGCAGUUUUGGGCA